AUGGGGCGUCCCCCCCUCCUCCUCCUCCUUCUCCUCCUCCUCCUCGUCGUCGUCUCCGCGCUCUCGUCGCCCGCGGACGCGAUAUGGGACCGACGUCCCCCCGAGUGCGACGACACGUGCGUGGAGGACGACAACGCGCCGUCGCACGCGCGUUGCGCGGUGACCGUCCUCGACGACGUCGUCUCCGUCGCCGACGCGGACGCGCUCGUCGCCGCCGCGGAAGCGCACGCGGCGAAGCACGGAUGGACGAGGACGCGGCACGCCAACUACCCGACGACGGACCUCCCCUGGGGCGCGCUCCCGGGGACGUGGGCGGUGUUGAACGAGACGUGGACGAGGAUGGAGGCGGACGUCCGCGCGAGGUGCGGCAUCAAAUCCAACGAUGUGCUCACGCCGAACGACAUCUUUCUCGUGAAGUACGACGCGUCCGAGGGCGGGCAGAAAGGCCUGAGGCGCCACCGCGACGGGAGCACGUUCUCGUUCAACAUGAUGCUGUCGAACCCGGGGGACUACGGCGGCGGCGGGACGAGGGUGUGGAACGCGACGGACACGGAAUCGCGCGAGGGACGCGAGCGAUUUUGGCGAGCGGAGGUGACGAAGGACCCGGGGAGGUUUCCCGGCGUGAACCUCACGCGCGGGGACCGAAUGCCGCGAAACUUCGUCCCCAACAUCCACAUGUACCCGGAGGACGAGUCCACGCUGCACGUCCUGGAGAAAGGGCAGAUGCUCGUCGGCGGCGGCGCGAACGUGCACCAGGGCGUGCCGGUGACGACGGGGACACGGUACAUCGUCGCCGGGUUCGUGGGGUGGAAUCGGCACUGCUGCUCGAUCAAGUACUGCGGCCUCCGAGGCGUGAUCGGGUUUCUUCGCGUGUGGAUGCUCACGGGGCGCUCAGGGAUGGGGGGGCGCGCGGAUCUGUCACGGGAACUCCCGCAGCACGACUGGAUCCUGUACAGGGAAGGGAUGGCGUCGCUGCGGAAGUGGUGUCGGCGUAUUUUGUUUUCGCUCGUCGCGUACUGCGUCGUCGGCAACGUCGCCCCGAGCGCGCACGAGGCGGUAAAGAACCCGAGGAGAGCGCUCAGGGAGCUGAGGAUAUGGUACAGGAAGCGGCAGAAGACGUACUCGUGCUUGCCCACGCGGACGGAUUAA